AUGCAGCGAUACCUUCAAGAUCCAGAUCAUCCAUACUUCCAUCCGGCAUCGCACCACGAAAACGACAAUUCGACCCAUGCGUACCCAUCUAUACCACACAAUGGAUAUGGUCCGGCCGAUAUCUAUACCCACGAUGCGUUGCACAUCGCUGUCGGUUAUAGCUCUCCCUCAGGAAGCACGUUCGACUCCGCUUACAACAGCAGUGGAAUGAGUGAGCGCACAUCAUCGCCAUGGCGGUCGCCGCCGAUCGCCAACGUUACACUAUCGUCUGAUCUCCUCUAUAACGAGUGCGGACCUCAUGGCUUGAGCAACCAUACCGCAUCGUCGCGACACGACUGCAUCGUCUCCAGAUCGUGCGUCACAAUGCACGAUGUACAGCCACAAGCAGACAUCCAGCCCGACACCGCCGCAUUGCAUAACGAGGGCUUCGAUUACAGCUCGUUCGGAACGUUCGCGCAAGAAGGCUACGAGCCCAUGGGACCAGCAGACAACGCCAGCACUCCUGCAACAUACCCAGAUGCGAUUGACAUAGACGUCGACGUAUCGCACGGCAUAGAGCAGGGAGAUGCUGCGAUGGUGGCGCUUCGACCACGGCGAAUAUCCCGCACGACUCCAAUCACCACACCAUCCUCGUCGACAAGAGUCGCGCGACGACCACGAGGCAGCCGAACCUCAUCCUACCGCAACGUUGGAGACCUGCAAGAUGGUGGGCACGCAGCGCCCUCUACCCCUGCCGGACCAUUUCCUUGCCCAUUCGCCGUCUACGGAUGCUCAUCCAGCUUCGGAUCGAAGAACGAAUGGAAGCGACACGUCGCAACCCAACACAUACGUCUUGGCUUCUGGCGAUGCGACCUAUGUCACAGAAGAAACAACCCCCACGACUUCUACCGGAAAGAUCUGUACAUCCAGCACGUUCGGCGCAUGCAUGCUGAAGAGCUUGGUUUGCCUCCGCUCACUGCGAGCAAGAGAAUCGAUGAGAGGUCGCAUAGGGACACUUCUUCAGACGACGCCGUGCUUCACGAAGCCGCCUCCAGGUGCUACGUUGAGCUACGUACGCCACCUGAGCACAGUCGCUGUCUCUUCUGCGACGACGAGUUCCAUGGAUCGGGCUCCUGGGAGCAGCGCAUGGAGCACAUCAGCGGUCAUCUUGAAGCAGCGAAGAAAGAGCGUAGUGGUGCAGGCAACCCGAGUAAUUGGAAGACCGAUGAGGCGGUUCAUAAUUGGCUGGUUGCGGAAGGGCUGAUCGUUGUACGAGGACAAACCUGGGUGCUUGCGGACAGUGGCAGGCGAAAGAGCUUGACUUGA